ACACCCCAGAGACUGUAAAAGUACACUCAGGUGUGCAUCCCAAGGCAGGUGCACCUGUGACGUUGCACCUGGCAACAGUGAACGGGGAAAUAAACGGGAAGAGUUGGAGAGAUUUAGCCGACAGCAAGUUUAUUUUUUUUAAACGGAUCUCGGCGUAGUCUCCCCCAAACAAAACGAGCAGGAAGUAUUAAGAAUAACAGGUGAAAAUGGGCAAAAAGUCGGACGAGGACAAGUCGGAAUAUGGGGAUCCAGCCCAGCACGAUCCCACGUUCAACGGGCCAAUACACAACAGGAGCUGCACAGAUGUGAUCUGCUGUAUUCUCUUCAUGGCUGCCAUUGGAGGAUACCUGGUGGUGGGAAUUAUGGCCUGGCUGUACGGUGACCCUCGCCACGUCCUCUACCCCCGCAACUCCACCGGAAUGUUCUGCGGCCUGGGACUGAACAAAGAGAAGAACAGCGUGUUUUAUUUCAAUAUCAUAAAGUGCGCCACGGCAACCAACAUCAUGGCAGCCGCCCUGAAUGGCCUGCAGUGUCCCACAACGCAAGUGUGUGUAAAACAGUGCCCCACUGAAUUCUGGGUAUUGUCUCCUGCGUUCUACCCCCGGACUGCGGAUCAUUUUCCCAAACCACAGUACUGCGUGCCCUCCCUUAACCUGGCCACCUCCGAGCUGACCAUCAAAGAGAUUGUUGAGAGAGAGCUUUGUCCUUUCUUCACCAUUCCUUCAUCGUCAGUGUUGGGAAGGUGCUUGCCCUCAGUUGGCUCUCUGGGCAAGAUUCCGGGAGACUUCAUCCUUCCGGGAAUGUCCUCUCCCAACCAGACGGCCAACGCCAUCCGGAAUGCCACCGGUGACCUGUUUUCUGGUUUCAACGCGGAGGAGGUGGGAGUUCGCAUCUUCGAGGACUUUGCCUCAUCCUGGCCCUGGAUCCUCAUAGGUCUGUUGAUCGCCAUGCUGCUCAGUAUGAUGUUCCUCCUGCUCCUGCGCUUCACGGCUGCGGUGAUUAUCUGGGUCCUCAUAGUGGGAGUGCUGGCUGUAAUAGCCUACGGAAUAUGGCACUGCUACUGGGAGUAUGACAACUUCAAAACCUCCGCAUUGACCUACAAGGAAGUGGGCUUCACCACCAACUUCUCUGUGUACCUGCAGAUCAAAGACACCUGGCUGGCCUUCUUGAUCAUCCUCUCCGUGGUGGAAGUCAUCCUGCUCCUGCUUCUCAUCUUCCUCCGGAAGCGGAUUCUCAUCGCCAUCGCACUCAUCAAGGAGUCCAGCAAGGCUGUGAGUCACAUGAUGUCAUCGCUGGUCUACCCCCUCAUCACCUUCGUCCUGCUGGUGGUGUGUGUGGCCUACUGGGGAGUUACUGCACUGUACCUGGCCACCUCUGGGGAUCCCAUGUACAGAGUUGUGGCCCUGAACGCCACUGAAGCAGAAUGCAGCUCCAUCAACGGCACGCAGUCCUGCAAUCCACUGAAUUUCAACUCCUCCGCCUACCAGCGCACCUGCCCGUCAGCGAGCUGCAUCUUCAUCAAGUACAACAACGAGGGCCUGUUCCAGCGGAACCUCUUCAACCUGCAGAUCUACAACGUGCUGGCCUUCCUCUGGUGCGUCAACUUCGUCAUCGCGCUGGGCCAGUGCACCCUGGCCGGGGCCUUUGCCUCCUACUACUGGGCCUUCCACAAGCCCUCGGACAUCCCCAUGUUCCCCGUCUCCCAGUCCUUCAUGCGCUGCCUACGAUACCACGUGGGCUCUUUGGCAUUUGGUGCUUUGAUCCUAACGAUCAUCCAGUUCAUCCGGAUCGUACUGGAAUAUUUGGACCACAAGUUUAGAGCCGCUCAGAAUGGCUGUGCUCGUUUCGUCAUGUGCUGCCUGAAGUGCUGCUUCUGGUGUCUGGAGAAAUUCAUCAAGUUUCUCAACAGAAACGCAUACAUCAUGGUUGCCAUAUAUGGAAAAAACUUCUGUGUGUCGGCGAAGAAUGCCUUCCUGCUUCUAAUGCGGAACAUCAUCCGGGUAGUGGUGCUGGAUAAAGUGACGGACCUGCUGCUGUUCUUUGGGAAGUUGCUGGUUGUGGGAGGAGUCGGUGUGCUGGCUUUCUUCUUCUUCUCUGGGAGAAUCAGAAUGCCCGGGGACACCUUCAAUGCCCAACAGCUUAACUACUAUUGGGUGCCCAUCAUUACCGUGGUGGUUGGCACCUACCUGAUCGCGAGCGGCUUCUUCAGCGUCUACAACAUGUGCGUGGACACGCUCUUCCUCUGUUUUCUGGAAGACCUGGAGCGAAACGACGGAAGUGUCGAGAAGCCGUAUUACAUGUCAAAGAAUCUGAUGGGCAUCCUCAACAAGAAGAACAAAGUGGCGCCCUACCCCCCCCCCCGCCUCCUCUUUUUCCGCCCCUGUGAUAACUCCGAAGGGUUGGGACGGCUGUGA